AUGAGAAUCAUUUUAUCUGUGUUAAUACCCAUUGAUACUACUACUACUACUACUACUACUACUACUACUACUACUACUAAUAAUAAUAAUAAUAAUAAUAAUAAUAAUAAUAAUAAUAGCAGUAUAAAUAAUAAUAAUAAUGACAUAAUUAGGUCAUAUGCUCAAGAAAAGAAAAAAACUGAAAAAAGAGAUAAAAGUAGAAAUGAUUUUCAUUUUACUUAA